CAAAAUGAGAGCAGGCAAAUGGAGAUGAAACAAAAUGAGGGAAAACAAAAUAAUGGCAAACAGGAAAUAAGGCAGAGGCCUGAAACACCAAAACAGAAGAGUGAAGGCAGGCCCGAAACGCCAAAACAGAAGAGUGAAGGCAGGCCUGAAACGCCAAAACAUAGACAUGAUAGUAGGAGGGACUCCAGUAAGCCACUGUCAGAUAAGAAAAUUGAAAUAUCUAGGCAUAAGCUAGAUGUGAAAUCUGAUCCUUCAAGGGUAAAACCUGAAAGUAGAUCUGAUCCAACGAAACAAAGGCCUGAUGGGCGUUCAGUUUCUGAUACACUGAGGCGUGACCAUGAUAGCCUUAAACAAAGACCUGAGGACAGGGGGGAGUCGGAGAGAUACAGAGGAGAUCCAUCCAAGAUUAGAAGGCCUGAAUAUUUGAGAUCCUCAAACAAAAAUGAACAUGAUUCUAAACAUGUUAUUAAAUCUGAUGGUUCAAAACCUGAGAAAUUUGAAAGGAAACAUAGGCAUGAGUCUGGUGAAACAAGGGAAAGGUUUUCUUCUGGGGAUCAGAAAUCAAGACCUGACAGCCCUCGUAUUAAACAGGAAGGUAAAGGAGAUUCUAGUAAAUCAAGACCUGAUAAACCUGGUUUUAAAUCACCCAACAGCAAGGAUGAACGAAGGACAGAUGGUAAUAAGAGUAAAGCAGAUAGUAAUAAAGCACAUGCUGACAAUAAGGCAGAAUUUCCCAGUUAUUUGUUGGGAGCAAGAUCUGGCGCACUGAAACAUUUUGUCAUUCCAAAAAUCAAGCGUGAUAAAGAUGGCAAUGUUACUCAGGAGUCAAGGAAAACUGAAUUUAGAAGUGAACAGAAGGACAAAGUAGAGAAGAUUGGGCUAGUUGAAGAUCUAAAUAAAGGAGCUAAGCCUGUAGUUGUUCUUCAAAAGCUUUCUUUGGAUGAUGUGCAGAAAUUUAUUAAGGAUAGAGAAGAUAAAUCAAGGGGCUCUUGUUUUAAACCUAACAAGAACAAGUCAUCCAAAUCCAAUAAAGGUUUGCUACUUCUGUGGUUAGAAAGUAAACACAAACAUGUGAUAGUUUAUACGCUUGCUUAUAUGGCGAUUUUGGGGAACAAAAUGAAACUUGCCUGCGAACUUGUC